AUUCCCUAUCUGAUCGUGUUAUCUCCGUCCCAAUUCCACCUGGUUAUCGUAAUAAAUCGGUGAAGAGCCACACGACGCCCAGCGCCGCCGCUAACCCUAACCCUCCUCAAUGGCCGUGGUGCCUUCAACCACCGGGGAUUCUGCCACCUGGCAUUCCGGUCAAUACACAUCGCCCACUGUUCCGCCACCAGUUUAUCCCGUUGCUCCUACCAUCUACUCUUCUUUCCCCCAAUAUAAACAGGCACAAGAGUUAUUUCAGAGAGACGCCCAAUCAAUAAAUCCAGAAGCUCUUGAAAGUGUGAAAGCUGCAAUUGCAUGUAGCGAAAUUGAGCACAAAACCGAGACUUUCAAUAAGAGGAAGCCGAUUCCUCGAAAAGCUGCAGGGCAAACUUGGGUGGACCCCACUCUUGCAGAAUGGCCCGAGAAUGACUAUCGUCUAUUUUGUGGUAAUCUUGGAAAUGAAGUGAACGAUGAUAUUUUGUCAAAAGCUUUUUCGAAAUAUCCUUUCUUUAAUAGGGCCAAGGUUGUUAGAGAGAAGCGUCUUGGCGGCAAAACUAAGGGGUAUGGAUUUGUUAGUUUCUCCAACCAGGCAGACCUUGUGGCUGCGCUAAAAGAAAUGAACGGGAAAUAUGUCGGAAAUCGUCCAAUUCAACUUAAGAAGAGCGACUGGAAGGCGAGGACUGAUACCGAAGCUGUGGAAACACAAAAGCAGUAUUCUCAGAAGAAGACCAAACGACCGAGGAAAAGCGUGUUGCAUAAAUGAGCAGAGCCGGUUAGUGGGCGACAAGUUAAAAGGAGAAUGUUCUAUAUCUAUUAUAGAUGAUGAAUAUAGUUAUAACAAGUCAGUUUUUGCUCUAACUAUUUAUUAGUCAUUUUUCAAUUAUUUAAUUAGUAGAUAUUUGUAAUUAGUGUGUAUAAUGGAGUAAAAUUAAAAUAAAUAUUACGGGUUAAAUACGCUUUAUACCCUUAAACUAUAUGUAACACUUACCCCUCAAGCACCGUUUUAUUUAGAUUUUAAGUUUUAAACUAUAUGUAACACUUACCCCUCAAGCACCAUUUAAUUUAUAUUUUAAGUU